AUGCGGGAGAGGCCGUUCGUACGACAAAAGUGGUUGAAGAGGCUUCGCCAUCAGACCGCCAUAAACAUUGAAUCAGACCACCGGGACGCUUCUUCUGCUGCGCUUUCCCCUUCCAACACUACCUCUACUCCCGCCUCAGCUCGUGCCCCUGCCUUUUCUUCCGGUCAAGAAGAUGCUCAUACACCUCCCUCGGCGUUGACUCGUGUGGGGAGGGAGCACGUUCGGAGCGUAGUGCAGCUGGCGCUGUCGGAAGCGCGGGUCAACGCAUUUGUCGUGAUCAGCUCCCUCGAAGGGCUCUUGUCGGUGGCAGCAGAACGGAUAGGACGGGAGGGACCAGUCGGAACUCCUAGUAGCCUCCGCGAAGUCAGCCAAGCCGGCGGCAGAAGUGAAGGUGGAAACAAAAAAAAACGCAUCGGCGAGUCUUCACAAGACCCUGCUGCAAAUCUCGGCGGAAGGGCCACCAAGCUCUACCCUGGCCCCGGACGCAACGACAGCGGCAGUGAAGAUGGUUCUCUUCGGCGCGCACACCGCGGCCACCCGACUACGCCCUCCUCGACAAACGGCAGCAGCACUGGCAGAGGAGAGAGCGGUGCCGCUCUGUGCGUAAGGCUCGAGGCAGUUCCUGCCGUGCUUGGCUGUCUGGAGGAGCACGCCGGCCACAAGAAGAUCGAGCCCCUGGCGGUCCGGCUCCUGUGGGUGUUUGCGAGCGAGGUCACAGCCGCUGCGGCUAUUAGAGGGAACCCCGCUGUAGCCGCUGCUUGCGCCGCCAGAAUGACACCGUCCGACAACACAGCGAACGCAUCCACAGCAAGCUUCCUGUCGACAGGUCAAGCUUCGGAUGGCGGAGGGGUAGGAGAUGAUCCGGGUUACGAUGGGAGGAAGGGAAGCGCCGGGGGCAGAAAAACUCUGGGAAAUGCGACAUCGACAACGGAAGCGUCUGCUGAAAAGGUCGACAGCAACGGCACAUCGGCGAUGAAGCCCCUAGACCUUGGUGGACCUGAAACAGGAUCAACAGCCGGUGAUGGCCAUGGCUCGUCUUUAGCAGUCCCGGCACCGCCAUCGAUGGCCAACCUACUGCCAUGUCUAUCAAGCAACACGAGGUUAGAAGAACGGGAAGAAGAUGCCAGCCCGGAGAGAAAAAGUCGAGAUCGCGCCAUGUCGUCAGCAGCUUCAGCGCGGAAAAGUCCGCCCGGGUCUCACAUGAAUGUUCCGACGACGGAUCUAGUCUUCGUUCUUUCGGUUGCCGUGCAGGACAGCCCUGUGUGUCAGCGUCUCGUCCUCAAGGCGGGAGGCGUGGCCGCCAUGUCCGCCACGCUGCAGCAUCUCGUUUCAAGAGUGAAGCAAGAAGCGGGGUCUAGGUGGGACGGAGGCGCAGAGGAUUGCAGCGACAGAUACGCUCGGUUGGCGGAGACGUGUCUGAGAGUUAUGGAAUACCUUGGUUGCGUCGAGCGGGGGCGGCGGCGGCUGGUAAGAGGGGGUUCCGUGGAGAUCGCCAUUUCGACCAUCCGCUGCUUCAGGUGCCACAGUGGUGUCCUAACCGCCGCCACCGGUCUGCUACUUCUCUUGAGCGUCUCGCCGGAAGGGCGCGGUCGGAUACUGAAGGCGCGUGGGUUUCGUGUAGUGUUCGAAGCGAUGCAGAGGCUGGUCGGGAACGACUUGGUGCAGGUCAAGGGCGCCGAGAUGCUUCAGACGUUGAUCAACGAAGAGCCACAGGCGAGGCGAGAAAUGGACAGUAUCAAGGGGGGUUGGCAGUGGCUGUGCCAGGGGACCUCGGGUGGUGACGCCUUGAUCCGCUACGCACCGGGCAAGAAGCACAUACCUGGGUGGACCGUGAGUGAGGAGGAACGACUAAACACGGAGAAGGCGCUGGAGACAGCGGAGGUGGCCGCCUCCAACUGGACGCCGUACAACCUCGCAACUUUCAUGGGAACCAUGCGCAGCCAACACCAGCUGCAGAUCGGCAAUCUGGCGUACUACCACUUUUUCCGGGUGGUGAGCGAGGCGGGUCUGCUGCCACACCCAAACGAAGACGUCCACGAUUGGCGCCAACGACUGAGGAGAUACGAGGACGAGAGGCACAUCCGGGUCGGCAACAUCACGCAAAGACGGCUGGCCAGAGACAAGACCGGGGCGCACGCUAGAUCACUGUACUCUUCCUCGUCUCUGUGA